GGGUGGGAAGGUGUGUUCAUCCUCGACCAUUGACAUCGAGGGGAUGAAUGACUUGAUGGCUUCCGUUCACAAGGAGGAAGUCACGGAGACCCAGCCCCGGUAUAACAUCCGCGUGAAAGAGCUCAAAAAGAUCCACAAAGUUGCUCUCCUGGGCGACAUAUGGAAUAUGGAGCAGUUGCUACUGCGUGGGAAGAACAUGAAUAAAAGAGACAAGAGGAAAAGGACACCUCUCCAUCUGGCCUGUACCAUCGGCCAUGCCGACAUGGUAGAUUUUCUUGUAGAGAGGAAAUGCAAGCUUGACCUCUAUGAUGGAGACUAUAGGACUCCUCUAAUGAAGGCUGUACAAUACCAGGAAGAGGCAUGUGUAACUACUCUUUUAGAACAUGGUGCUAAUCCAGAUCUUACAGAUAAGUUUGGCAAUACUGCCCUCCACUAUGCUGUUGCUGGUGAGAACACGUCAAUAGUAGAGAAGCUGAUUUUAUACCAUGCAAAUAUUGAAGCAAGAAACAAGGUCGAAUUCACACCGUUUUUACUUGCUGUAAAUGAAAACAACCACAAAAUGGUGGAAUUGUUAAUUAGAGAAAAAGCAGAUAUACAUGUGGUUGAUAAGUUUAAAAGAACGGCCCUCAUGCUUGCUGCACCUUCUAAAUCUCCAGAUAUAGUCAGGCUGCUUCUUCAGCAAGGUGUUAAUACCUCUUCUCGAGAUGAACGUGGAUGGACGGCAGGAGACUGUGCUCUUUUUAGUGGAUCAGAUGGCAAUCACCAAAUAAUUGCCAAACAUACAGAAGAAAGACUUAAAAAUUUUUCACAAAAUAACAAUCCAGUCACGAAUAAGACUUCUGAAGAAUACUUUAUAAGCAGUAUUUCCAUUAAACCUGGUGAUGAUGACGCUUCAUGGCCUGCAUCAGGUGUUGAAGACUUAAGUUUGAAUACAAAGAAUACCUCAAAACCAAACUUAAGGAAGCAAAUGAAUGUUUCUCAGCAUUUCAAGAACUCAAAACUUGGCCUUGUAUCACUGGGAGAUAAAACUUUAUUUGAGAAUGAUAAUUCUGAUAAGAAGUGUGAACAUACGAUACAGCCCUACCUUCGCAGCAUUUCCUGA